GAUCGAUCCUUCAAUUCAAUGCCCAGUCGUGUAUGUGUGCGAGAGAGUCUGUCACGGAAGAAGAAUCGUGUGCUUCUCACUGGAGUGAUCCCAAGAGAUCCGGCCCUAGGGACGUUCAAGCUCUGUUGCCUCGCUCCCACGCUCCCAAGAAGAGAAACCAACCCAGGAUGCAUAAAAGCUUGGCUCUCAGAGUUGGUGCAAUGCAAUGCUCCCCACGAGUUACAGACGGGUACCAAAUCAGGUACGGACGGGGCCAACACUAGCUUCGCGUGAUCCGAUGAUCCCAUCGUGGAAUUCUUGCGUCCUUCAACCACCACCGGCAGCAAUUGCACGGUCAGUCGGAGUUGGUCAGUCGUCCCUCGGAGCCGUCGUUGUGAAUCUCGGAUCAGGAGGUCGGCACGGCCAUAUGGAGUCCAUGGACCCAGUAGCGACGGUGCAGUACAGACUUCUGGGUGGAUCGAUGGCCGAGGUACCUCUCGAGUGUAGAGGCAAAUGAAUGCUGUGCUCCGACAGGAGAGUGGAUUCAGAUUCAGGGCAAGGACAUCGCUUGAGAGACCAGCCACGAGCAUUCGGCAUUUGCAACCUUGCAAUUCCGAACCUUGGUAUCUUGUGCAGUAUUUUUCUUCAACCUUGAUUGUAUGUACACAAAGCUUACGGACGGACUUGCCCGAUCCAGACGUCCACGAGUCCAGUAACUGCAUCACACCGGGCAGUAAAACAAUGGCGGGGAAAUUCUCCAGAGACUCUGAGUUCUUCCUCUUCUUCACGUUCGUUUUCUGCGCGGCGUUGACUCCAAAUGGAGUGGCAAUGGGCCAGGCCCAGAAACAUAAGCCUGCAGCGGGACUUGCUGCCUCCCCUCCGAGGGGCUGGAACUCCUACGAUUCUUUCUCGUGGCUCGUCACUGAGCAGGAAUUCCUGGCCAAUGCGGAGUACGUUGCUCAGAACUUGCUCGAACGGGGAUACGAGUAUGUGGUGGUGGAUUUCUUAUGGUAUCGGAAGAAUGAGACCGGGGCAUCCGUUCACGGUGGAACGGAUAUCAUAGAUCAAUGGGGACGGCUUCAGCCAGACCCCACGAGAUGGCCAUCUUCGAAAGGCGGACUGGGGUUCAGUUUGGUUGCCGAGAGAGUUCAUUCUCUCGGCCUCAAGUUUGGAAUUCACGUCAUGCGAGGAAUCAGUUUAGCUGCUGUGCAGGCAAAUACGUCCAUUCUCGGAACCGAGAAUGCAAGGGCCCAGAAUAUAGCUCGACUGGACGACAGCUGCAAAUGGAUGCCCGAGUCUUUUGUCGGCGUCAACACCAGCAUUUAUGAAGGACGGGCUUUCAUUCGGUCUCUCUAUGAACAAUAUGCAUCGUGGGGAGUUGAUUUCGUGAAGCAUGACUGCGUAUUCGGAACAGACCUGGAGCUUGAAGAGGUGAAAACAGUCUCAGAGAUUCUCGCCGACUUGGCAAGACCUGUGUUGUAUUCACUGUCGCCCGGCAUCGGAACCAGCACAGACUUGGCACACCAGGUGGGCCAAUACGUCAACGCAUACCGUGUUACAGGAGACACCUGGGAUCGUUGGAAUCAAGUGCGCAAUCACUUCGAUACAGCCAGAGAUUUUGCUUCCUCUGGAUUGACUGGAGCUUCGGGUCUAAGGGGCUACUCAUGGCCGGAUUUUGACAUGCUACCACUGGGAUGGCUCACCGAUCCUGACGCAAACCAGGGUCCCCACCGAACAUGUGAUCUAUCAGAGACGGAGCAGAGAACUCUGAUGACGCUGUGGGCAAUUGCAAAAUCACCAUUGUUCUAUGGAGGUGAUCUUCGAAACAUGAAUAACUUCACACUUUCCCUCAUCACAAACAGCAUCAUGCUGGAGGUUAAUGCCAAAAGCCGUAACAACAUGGAGGUGAAUGUUCAGUACCCGUCAUCUGCUGCCAGACGGAUGAAAGCUUCGACAACGAACGUAGACUCAGACGAUAAGCGGGUGUGGGCAGCAUGUGGGGAUUCAGGACAAGUGUACCUAGCAGUAUUCAACUUAGGGCGGAGAGAGAAGACUCUUGCGAUUCCGAUAGACCAGAUCAUACAAGCUCUGAGGCAACGGGAUCCUCAAAGCCUCUGGAAAUGUUCGGGUACCGAGGCUUGGACGAACGAGUCAGUGGAGAUCGAGCAUGGUGUUCUGUCCAUUGAAGUGCCAAGCCAUGGCAGUUAUCUUUACUCCCUAAGUUGCUCGUGACGGCGGGAACUGAGAAAACGCAGUCACCGGUUUGGAUUAUCACGACUGUAGAUAAUUGCUGCAUCUGUAGCUUUCACUAUACUGGCUUAUAUAAAUUUACGUUACUGAACCACGCAUAUCCACUUCAUUCACUUCGGCCAUAGCCCAAGAUCCACUCACCACGGUUAGAUUUGAUAAAGCGUUUCACCACUGUAGCUAACUUGAAAAUUCAUUAGCUGAUUCAGCGUUCAGGAAAAAAUUACACUGCAGUCCAAAUUUAACCGCUCCUUGACUGUUGAUUCGGUGGUGUUCAAAGAUGAGCCAGAUGUACAAGUUAUGCAGUGGAUGAAUCUGUGAGCUAAUCACACAGACUUUAUUACACACGAUUCCUACCUAUUUAACACGUGGUGAACAAGAUGAGAUGUUGUCAAACUGCUAGCUUAACAGGACGAGAAAAUUUUAAUACAUCAAAGAAACCAAUCUUGGGGCGUACAACAUAAUCACAUGAAAAACUCCUCUGACUACGUCGCGCACAUACUUUGAAAGAACCUCAACAUUAUAGUCGUAUGCAGCACGAAUCUCCGAAGAUGGAACCUUAAGAAAGUCUCACACUCACGCUCGAUAUAUCUGUCAGUCUUGUGACCGUGGUUGGAGUUACUGCACGACUCUCCCAGGCACUUGGUGAUGGUAGAGAAAGAAAUCAUUUAUAACGUCGACAGAGUUUCUGAUACUUGCUCUCUGGCUGAUGGCAAGGAUCCAGAGAAGCUUCCAUAUAAGUCAAUGAUCUCCUCGACAACCUUGAUCCCCUUCAGAAAUUCAUAACCGUUCAUGACC